AUGGUUUGGGAAAAAGAGCACGUGUCAGCUUGCAUCACUCGCACAGAAAAUACGGAUAUGGAAUUUGAGUUGGCUGAGGACUUUGUGGUUGAACGUUAUGUUAAACCAGCUGUACUCGCUAAGGUCGACCCUCGGCAGUUUGGCACUGUUCCCGGUUCAAGCACCACCGAAGCCCUAAUUAGUAUGACUCAUGCCUGGUACAGUGCUACUGACGGUAACGGGGCGUCUGUGAGGGUGAUUCUCUUUGAUUUUAAAAAAGCCUUUCACCUAAUCGACCACCAGAUUUUGGUCAAGAAGCUGGGUACAUAUAACAUCCCCAAUGCUGUCAUCUCAUGGAUUAUCGACUUUCUCACCUCGCGCAAACAGCGUGUUAAACUCGGCCACGACUGCUUCUCAGAAUGGGGCGCGGUCCCAGCGGGGGUUCCUCAAGGUACAAAACUGGGGCCGUGGCUGUUUAUCAUCAUGAUCAACGAGCUGGAUGUUCCUGGCAUCGAUCUCUGGAAGUAUGUUGACGAUACCACUAUUUCGGAGACGAUAAGCAAGAACCAAGACAGUCACAUUCAAGCUGCUGUUGACACCCUAGCAAGCCGUGCGACCGAGGAUAAGUUUCAACUAAACGAGACGAAAUGNUACCCGUGA